UAUUGGCUAAAAUUAAAUUUUAAAAGAAACAAUUUUUUUUUUUUUUUUUUAAGAAAAAGAGAUGGAUUAUUUAUUUUCCAAUAAAUUAUUUAAUUGAAAUAAAUUAAUUUUGUAAUGAUUUGUCAGAGUAGUUUUAAUAAAAAUAAUAAAAAUAAUGCGGGUUCAAGAAGAAUGGAAAAAUCGCUCUUGAAAUGUGUCACUGAAUUUCUCAAUCGACUUGAAAAAUUAAAGAAAAAUAGUGAAAAAAAUAAUGACGAGUUGUCUAGAAAUUUAAGUGAUUUAACAAAAGAAUAUUAUGAUAUUGAAAGAGAGGUUAACACAAUGACAGGAAAAAUUGAAAAAAAUGUAAAUUUUGUUGUUGAUAAAUCAACAGUAACAUGCCAAGAUGAAUAUGAUAAUAUUAAUCAAGCCAAUGAUGCUAUCACUGAGUGCAUGAUGAGUAUCAAUGCCAUCAAUAAUUAUGUCAAUUCAACUGGAAAAAUAUCAGAGGCAUUGAAGAAUAAAAUAACUCAUGGAUCAGAUGAUAUUUCUAUUCAAAAUAUUUCUAUUGGUUUGAUGCAAUUUCACCCUGAAAAAGAUAGUCAACCGUUGUUUUGUAAUUUCAUGAGGAAAAAAUCUACUGACAUUCAUCAAUGAGGUUCAAAAAUAUGCUGCCAUGUUUAAUCAAAUCCCUCCAAUAAAAAAGCCAUAUGAAGCCAAACCAAAGUUCCACGCAUGCGUUUGUUUUUCUGCAAUUCAAUUGGUCCAAACAACACUCAGCCAUUUUAUUUUUUUUUUAAUUUCUCAUGAACUACUGCCACCUUCAGUCGAUUACCUUCAGCAAUUAUUUUUAAUAUCGAAAUAAUCGUUAUUAAUUGUCAACGAAAUUAAAUAAAAAUUAAACAGAAAAAAA